UCGACAAGCAAACAGCUCUCUUAGCUACAACGAAAAUAAAAACUUGUUCAGUUGAAAAGUUGAAAGUUAAAACAGUGAUUUUACACAAGUUCAACAGUUUUUUUUAAAACGAAAUAAAUUUUCAAGUUUUUUUUUUAAAUCUCAACGCGAGUAAACACAAAAUAUUAACCAAGAUGUCGAUGUGCUACAACGAUUACAUUAUUGCUAGCAACAAUAGCAUUAACGAAAAUAAAUACAACGCUGAGAAAUUGGCCAAAUCACCAUCAUACCGAAUCAAGAAGAUUUUGAAGCCAAUUUUACGUAUUUUGCGCCAGAAAACAUCAUCAUCGGCCGCAAAAAAAUCACAAAAAUCAUCCAACAACAAAUUGACGGUUGACUACUCCAUGGACAGCAAUGAGUGCUACUAUCACGAUGACUGCCAAUAUCAAAACGAUUUCUGGUCAUCAGAGAUGGAAGAAAAUUUGAAAAACGAAGAAUUGGAAUCACGCAUCCUUAACGAAAUCGCUGAAUGUGAUGAUGAUGCAGCCAUCUAUGUGUACAACGAUGAUGAAUGCGAAUUGCAAUCCGUUCACCGUGAAACCACAUUCAUUCCAGUACAUUUUGCACGCACCGAAGCCGGUACAUUCUUCUGGACGACCAUGCAAAAACCAAUUGAUGACAAUGAAACAACACACUGCUGGUCACACUGUGGCGAUCGAUGGGUCCAAGCCUAAAUCACAACUUGCUCCAACAACAUUAUUUGUUCAAUCAAGUGCCAACAUCAAUAUUGAUCUCCUUUAUAUUAGUUUAAAUGCAUAUCAAUUCAGGAAUAGUUAUUUCUAUUGCAUUUAUGUUUUUUAACAACAAUUUUUUUUAAACUGUGGCAUUUUUGUGAUAUUAGGCUGUUAGGGAACUACAUUUUUUGUAAAACUUUGUGAUCGAAAUGAGAAUCUUUCAAUUGUACGAGAUAUAAUUCACUUUUUUUUAAACAUCAAAUUUAUCGAACAUUGUAAGGACUUCCAAUGUCUUCCAUAUAAUUUAGGGAA